GGGACACAUGCUGCAAAACUUCAAGUCUACCACUGUCCGCUGCCUGUCUUGAAGAAGCUUAAAAGUUUCCUCCAAGCUGUUGAAAAGUGACAUGUUUAUCAGAUGGUCAUGCUCGAUGUGUUAAUAAUAGGAGGUGGCCCUCAUGCCUUGACUUUGGCGAGCUUGCUCUCCAGCCCUGACCCUGGACAAGACUCUGACUGUGAAGAUGAUCGUCUCAUCUCCAUGUCUACUCACUCAAACUCUGACACAUUUAAACACACACAAUGUAAUGAAGGAAGGAAGAGGAGGACAACAGCAGGACAGAUGACGAGGAAGCAUAAAGCAAAGCCAACAGUAUCAGAAAGCACUGUUUGCCUCCCACUCAGUGUCCUGGUGGUAGAUACCUACGGAGAAUGGGUCGCGUUGUGGGAGAGCCAGUUCACAGCUCUGAACAUCCCUCACCUGCGCUCACACACACUGGUGCACACAGACGCUCUCAAUAAGAAUGCGCUUCAGGAGUUUGUUCUCAAGUACAAUCGUUUAGCAGAGCUUCAUAGCCUUCCAGACCAUGUUCACAUUGUGGAUGAAAAUGCGUUCUUCAAUGAUAUGCGGCUGGGCAAAAAGGAGAGGAGACGUCUGAACAUCACCUCAGCGCUAAAGAAGAGUUUAUCCUUCAGUCUGCCAGGAACAAAACUCAGUGUGGAUUUUUUUAAAGAACAGGUGAGGAAAUACAAAUUGGACAAAAUUCUGGUCAAGGGAACAGUCGAACGCAUCAUUCCUGUGACUGGGGACACAAAAGGGAUCGAAGAAGAGCAGGAAGCCCAAACUAUGGCUGUCAGUGAGACUGAAAAAGUGAAAGAUGAAGCGAAGCAGAAAGUUCAACAUUUUUGUGUUGAACUUCAAGACGGCAACAUCUUAAAAGCUCGGCAGGUUGUUUUGGCAACAGGUCCGACCCGUGCUCAAAUGUCAAACAUCCCUGAAUGGGUAAAAAGCAUUGGGGAAAGUUACCCGGAGGGGCGGUUGCAACACACAGUUCAUCUAAUGCACAAGCUGCCAAACUCUAAGCAAAGACUCCGACAAACAGAUUGUCAGGGACAGAAGGAGACUUCUCAAGUGUGUGAGGCAGGGCAGAGGGUAAUGGUAGUUGGUGGAGGUCUGACCAGCGCUCAUGUCGUCUCUAUUGCCCUGCAGCAGGGGGCCGGCCAUGUGACAUGGGUCAUGAGAAAACACCUGCAGUUGAAACAAUUUGAUGUUGGUGAUAUGGAGAGCCUGGUAGGCCGUUACUCCCAUGUGGAGCAUGGCAUUAAGAUGGAUGGCCAGGCCUACCUACGGCAGUUCUACAAUGAGCACAGCCUACACAAACGUCUGGCUAUGAUUCGCCAGGCAAGGAAAGGGGGCGCCAUCACUCCAGAGGCAUACAUCUACCUGCGGCCAUUCAUACAGAGCGGACAGGUGCAGCUGAAGACAUUUUGCCAGGUGAACGAAGCCAGCUGGUGCUACAGGUCUCAAACAUGGAAUCUGUCUCUCAGCACCGGGGAUCACUGGACAGGGGACAUGAUCUGGCUCGCCACCGGCUGCAAACUUGAUGUCAAACAGGACCCGUUGCUUGCUGAGGUGAUGAAGAAUUUCCCAAUCCAGGUGGUUGAUGGAUGGCCUUGUAUAUUGGAGAGCUUACAGUGGACAGAAGGAUGCCCACUCUAUCUGAUGGGACAGUACUCUGCUCUUCAGGUAGGACCUCAUGCUGUAAAUCUAGCUGGUGGACAGGCUGCUGGUAUGAGAAUUGCGAAGGACGUCAUUCACCAUCAUAUGCAGGACAGAGAACAGGAUUCUGAAAUGGGAAGAGGCAAAUCAAGAACUGAAGAAUAUAUUCAGCAGAUGCAAGGACUUUUCUGGCUUUAAUGUUACCUUUCAACCUUCAGAUGUAAAAGACUAUGAACUUACUAUGUAUGAUAUCUGAUCACCAAGCUUGACCUGCUCUUGUCUUUUUGCAUAAAACAAAUAAAAAAAGUAUAUCGAAAGGCCCUUUCGGGUAUGUUAUUUACUACGGAGCCCGCAAUACUUUUGCGUUCCCACGCUAUACAUUUUGCGUUCUCACGCAAUAGUCUUUGCGUUAUCUCGUAAUACUUUGUGGGAGACCCGUUUUUGAGAUUUAUUGAAUUUUAUUUUGAAAUCGGUCUUAAAUAAAAGGAUCUUCAAUCAGACUUAAAAACAGUUAUUAUACACAUGCUGUCAAAUUGCUGAACUCUGGACAAUAAUACUGCACGAAACCACAUCUAACACUUUUUUGCUAAUUACUGCUGCGUGAUGUGUACUUUUUUUGCACGCCACCUUUGUUUUGAUAGUGAUUUGAACGGUUCGUCUUAUCCUAAGCAUUUAAUCGCAUUGUUGACUGCGUGUUAACCCGAAUAUGACAAAUAAACUGUAUCAAUGCCAUAUCAGUGCUGUUUGUUUUGUGAGCAGUUUGUCAAAUGUGCUGCUGUUUCAAAAUGCACAGCUUUCUCUAGGUGAUUAGCAACUUUUGCGAGCGAACGCAAAAGUAUUGCGUGGGACGCAAAAGGAAAAAGAAUCCCGCAUGUCCCCUCUCGGGUACCGUACCGUACAGUAUUAUUGUAACUCGUGUGUUAUUUUAAUUUUCUUGUGGUUCUUUGUUUCAGUUUUGUUUAUGUUUUUUGUUUGUUUCCUUUUGUAUUAUUGGUAUUGGUCAUGCAAACACUAAAUGGAGAUAGAACAAAUUGUCAUUUUAUUCAUCUCCUUGAAAUGCAGUUGGUAAAAAAGUAAUUACAUCACUGUUACAUUUGUGGGUUCAUAUAUUUUGUACAUAUGUGACUCUGGGGGUGCGAUUAUUUGUAUUUGGUCCUCAGCUUUGUAUACUAGUUAUACCAUGACCGAGGAAUCUGUUCUGUGUGUUUUUUUAAUUCUAAAACUCGUAAUUAUUUGUUAUAAGUUUGCUUUCAACCAAGUGCAUUUUGCAUACCACAAUACUGAGUCUUUUUGGUUGUGUAAGCAUUUGCCUUUAUUACGAUUAUUAUGAGUAGUAUUAUAUUAUUACAUAAAAUUAUUAUUUACAAUUCA